CUCUACAACUGGAGAACACCCAAUGGUGAGUUGCUGGUUUAUUCUUCAGCAUUUUCCUAAAAGCCUGUCUGGACAUUCAGAAGUUUAUAUCAUUUUAUACAAAAUAACUAAUACAAUGAAAUGAUAUAAGUUAAUUCAUUUUCAUCUCUAAGGAAAAAAAAGAUUUCUGCUUUGAUCUACUGAGAAGAAGUUGAGAAGAUGGAGAUGAUGGUGUUUUUGACAGCUCUUCUACCUGUUUUAUUGGGCUGUGAUUGCGGUCAUGAUGUAGACAGACCGGUUGACUGCUCUGAUGUAUAUAAAUCAGGACAAACAGUCAGUGGGAUUUACUCCAUCUAUUCAGCAGCUGACAUUCCUGUCUGGGUUUAUUGUCAGAUUAUCUCAGAUGGGAAAGAUGAAGACAAAGGAGGAUGGACGGUGAUUCAGAGGAGAGUGGACGGCAGUGUGAAUUUCUAUCAGCCGUGGAAUCACUACAAGAGAGGAUUUGGGAAUGUGGAGAGUGAAUACUGGCUGGGGCUGGAAAACAUGUACCAGAUGACACGUAACAGGAAGUACAUGCUGAGAGUGGAUCUGGAGGACUUCACAGGAAGGAAAGGUUUUGCUCUGUACUCAUCCUUCUCUUUGGGCUGUGAAACUGAUGGCUAUAAACUACAAAUUUCAGGGUUCAAAGAUGGAGGAGCAGGUGACUCUUUGUCCUACCAUAAUGCACAGAAGUUCACCACCUUAGACAAGGAUCAAGAUUCCUAUGAUAAAAACUGUGCUAAAAUGUUUCUUGGGGCAUUUUGGUACUCAGCAGGCUGUCACACUGCAAACCCCAAUGGUGUGUAUUUAUGGGGAGAUGACAGCACCCAUCACGCCAUUGGAGCUGUUUGGCAAUCCUGGAAAAACAAUUUCUCUUUCAGUCUGAAAUCCAUCAGCAUGAAGAUCAGACGUGUGACUUAGACCUAUGAAGAAACAUUUCAUUGUUUCUCAGAAACAAAAAACUAAAUCAAAUUAUGGCUUGAGUGUUUCCUUUACUCUGUUAAUUGUGUAACUGUGUGGUGAAUCAUGUAAGAAUAUAUAUGGCUGUUGUGAACUCUCAUCGAUUAUUUUCUUCUUUUUUUCUUUUGGGUCACUUCUUUAAAUUUACAAUGGAUGCAAAUCAACAAUAAACUUCAAUAAACUGCAGCAAUGAAAGGCA